AUGAAGAUGAUGAUGAAGGAAGUUACUACUUUCAUUGUGUUAUUAGCCGUAGUCCUUCUCCUCCAGCAGCUUCCGGAUGGAGAGGCUGUCAUCACCUGUGGGCAGGUCAAUGCUGCCUUAGCCCCGUGCCUACCCUUCCUAACAUCCUCAGGCGCCGGCACCCCAGUUCCUAAAUGUUGCAACGGGAUUAGGGCUGCCAGAUCCCUCAUGCGAACAAAGCUUGAGCGUCAGACUGUCUGUAACUGCUUCAAAAUCGCCUCUCAGCGCUUCAAGUCUAUCAGCGACAGGGUUGCAGCCUCCUUGCCUAAGAAAUGUGGAGUCUCAAUUGGCAUACCCAUCUCUCGCUCUGUUGAUUGCAGCAGAGUAGGAUGA